AUGGCCCUAAUUGCGGCUAUUACAGACUCUAAUGCCGAUGUCUCUACAGCUACGGAUCCAAAAGAAGCGAAUUUAGAGCAAGAUGUGGAAAAAGCAAAUACUACAGUAACAACAACAAUUGAACAAGGACUGCUUUCACCAGAACAUAAUGCGGCAGGAAAGACUGAAACGGAAGCUAGAAAAUCCUGGUCUUUUAAGCUCGCCUUCAUGGGAAUUGCGGCGAGUCUUUUCGUUUUCCAGCUGGAUGCAACCUGUUUAGGAAUUGUUCUACCUACCAUUGCUGGUGACUUAAACGGAACGAGCUUGGAGUCAUUCUGGGCAAGUCUAGCUUAUACUCUAUGUGGGUUGACCAUGCAAUCGAUUUGGGUCAGCAUCUCCGACGCAUUCGGUCGGAAGCUGCCCCUCUACGUAUCAUUAGGCUUGUUCUUCCUUGGGUCAAUCGUCUUUGCCGUGGCGAAAAAUAUGAACACCAUCAUUGCCGGGCGGGUCCUCCAAGGACUUGGAGGCGGAGGAAUCGAUGUUCUGGCGCAAGUAAUACUUGCAGAUAUGACAACUUUAGAAGAACGUUCGAAAUAUAUCGGCUUAAUGGCUAUUCCAACGGCUAUUGGAAACAUUAUGGGACCUAUUGUGGGUGCUCUUUUCUCAACGUUUGUAUCCUGGAGAUGGAUUGCAUGGAUCAACUUGCCGAUCAUAGCCACGGGGACAUUGCUUGUGUUCUUCUUCCUCAAACUCAGGGCUAUCCCUCUCGAGGCCACAUUCACCAAGAACUUGAAUCGACUUGAUUGGAUCGGUAUGGCCCUUAUCGUUGCCGGAGUCACGCUGUUUGUUGUGCCCCUCAGCUGGGCGGGUUCACUAUUUCCCUGGGCCUCAUGGCAGACGCUCUUUCCUUUGCUCUUGGGAGCUGCUCUGCUUGUAAUGUUUGUCUUUUACGAGACCAAGCCUGCAGCACCUAUUAUGCCCCACCGACUAUUUUACACGAGAACUGGAAAUGCAGCACUGUUGGGAGGCUUUAUCCACGGCAUGAUUUUGGUAUCUCUGUUACAGUACAUGCCUUUACUUUUACAAGCCGUUGAACUAGAGAACGCAAUCUCUUCUGCCAUUUCUCUGCUUCCCACUGUCAUCGUUAGCGUUUUCAUUGCAGCUGUCUCAAUGAUGAUGGUCCCUUUCUUCGGUGGAUAUGUCUGGCUUUUACGGCUAUCGUGGGUCAUACUUACACUGGGAACUGGGCUGUUAGCUCUCUUUAAAGUGAGAUCUCCACCACCAAUGCGUUACGGGUUACCAAUUCUCUGGGGGACAGGUGUCUCAUUAUUGCGUCUCAAUCUCCUUCCUGUUCAAGCGAGCGUCAAGAAUGUCAACGACACUGGCCUAGCUAUUGGGCAACUUCUCACUAUUCGCAUGUUUGGAGGUCUUGUAGGCCUUACUAUAUCUUCAGCAAUCUUUAACAAUGUGUUUUCGGAGUCUAUCUCAAAUGCUGCGGUCCAGCUAACGGGGACUUUGGCGCCCCUGAAAGAUGCCUCAAAUGCGGUGAAUUUUAUUGAAGCACUCAGAUCGCUGGAUAUAUCAUCAACAGCACUAGAUGAGAUCCUCAGUAUUUACUUGAAAUGCUUCCAAACAAUAUUUUACACAAUGACUGGCUUCGGUGGAUUGGGCUUAUUUACUUCGUUGUUCUUGAGUGAAAUUGACCUCAAAGGGCAUAGUCUUGGAAAUCAGCGGUUUGAACAGUAA